AUGGCACCAAAGCAAGCGCGGGUAGUAGUAUCUGCGGAUGAGUUGGUAUUUACAUAUUUUUAUUAUUAUUUAGACAUUACAGAAAAAGUUUCAGAGCCACUAAAACUUAAUAAAUUGUAUGAUGAUUUCUAUGUAAAGGACAGUAAAUCUAAAUUUAUCAGUGAAUGUAAUGCAUUGGAUAAUCUUGAUAAAAUUCAUAAAGGUGUGAAGGAACUUUGCAUGAAGCUUGUAAGUUCUUUGGAUAAUUUAUCCAAAAAGGAGAUGAACAAACAAGAACGCGACGAUCGUUGUAAUUAUUUACCUUAUUGGUUAUAUGGUGAAAUAGGAAAAAUAUAUAAAGAACCUUCGUUGAAAAGUAGUGAUAACACACCUUUUUUUAAGGAACUUAUUGGU